UCACAGGCCACAUUGUCCACAACCUAAAUCAUAAAAGCUUUAAACGAUUGUGAAAUGACUUCAACGUCAUGCUGUUACUCGUAAGCACGUAAUGGUUCACUUAUUUACAUGCUAAUUUCUUAGAUACGUGAGAUCACAAUAAAUACACGUAUAAAGCCAGUUUUAUUGUCGCAUAUACAGUAUAUACAAUUAAUUCAAUUAAAAAAUUAAGUGCUUUUGCAAAGAAGUGGUGACAUUAAAGUCAUGUGGCAUCUGCAACCAAUUACCGUGAUGAUUUCUUUCUACUUCUAAGCGCAUGUUGCCUCCGUUCUUCGACGUCAUACUCGAGAAGUCAGUACGAAAACGAGCCGAAGAAAUGGCAGAUCGAGAAGUACAGAGUCGGGUUUAUUCGGGUGAGAUACGAAUCCGAAACGAAAAAAACGAAGAAAUUAUUAUAUCAGAAGCUCAGUUAAAUAAAGUCCUGAACAGGCAAUUAGAACAUCAUAUUACAUAUUUUGAAAAUUCAAAAGUACUGUUUAUGCCUUAUCCAAUCGAGACCAUCAGACAAUUCGUUACUUAUGUACAGACGGACGAUCCCGGAUUGACCUCUUAUAAACACGCUUUCGAUCUUUAUCAUCUGAGUUUAAGAUACGAGUUAGAGAACUUAAGACUGAAAUGCAGAUCAUUUAUCAUUCGGAAAAUAAACCUGCAUACCGUCUGUUCAAUCCACGAUUUUGCACGUGAGAUCGGUGAUGUGGUCAUAACUUAUUAUUGCUGGCUAGCUUUCGACGAACACGGAGAAGUACUAUUUACAACAGUCGACUUUAUAUGCUGUAAAAUUGCAACAAUUGAUAGACUGCUAUCUCGAGCGAUAUAUGAAUCUGUCAGUGAAUUGCGUUUACUCCGAGCCGUGUAUCAGUGGAGCAUAGAAGAAGUUAAAAGAAAACAGGGUGAAUACAGAUUCCUUUCGAUAAGUAAAGAAUCGGAAAGGAAUGCAAUUAGAAGUGUUAUGAAGCCAUUUAUUGGAAAAGUCAGAUUUCUUGCCAUGAAUGAAGACGAAUUGCAAUCCUCUGUUUUUAUAAUGAACUUGUUAGACGUGUUAGAAAAGAUUCAUAUCUGGCAUGCUUUUAAGUAUGGUAAUUAUACCUUUUAUCCCAGUUACUUUAGUCGAGAAACAAAAACCAGAAGUAAAAUAAAUUAUUUUAACUUGUUCUCGUACAUAAAUGUUGGAAAUUCUUUUGUGGUCGCAAACAGAAAGAUGGAAGGUUACAUAUAUUUUAGCAGCGAAGUAGUUGUGAGGGAAGAUUGUUUCGUUACGACUCUUCGAUUUCCUGUGAAGCUUGGCGAAAGUUUUUCAAUGUACGUACACGCGUAUAUUAACAAUGUGGACAACGGGCAGUUUUCGUUCGAGACCGUUUGCAAUUCAGAGGGAGUAGCAGAUUUGCAAACGAAGUUGUAUCUAGAAAAAUAUUGGAAAAUUCGUUUCUUUGCUUUCUUUUUUCACGCUGAUAAUGUUCAACCCAGCAUCGAGUUUUCACCUAAACUGAGUUACUUUGUGAGCGACGAAGGAACAGAUGCCAGGAAAUUUGAAGACAAAUUCCUAACCUGUGACAGAACAAUUAUGAAUAAUAUUUAUUUUUAUGUUGAUUUAUAUUUUUGAAGUCAAAAGUUUCUCUGAUAAAAAGCGAAAUCUGAACGAGAAUAUAAUG